UCCAGAAGGUGGCAGUAAUGCGACAUUAAGGAUACCAGCUGCCGUAAAACGUCAGAAAAGAAGGAGAAGAGAAGCCGGAAGAAGGAAUCAGGAAUCAGCUGUCAAAAAAAGUAUAAGCAACGGAUCAGAAAGAGAGAUGUUUAGAGUACAGCACUGACUGGUUGCCUGCCUGUGAGCUCUGACUGAACACACCCGCAAAGAUGCCUGCAGUUUCCACCGGGGUCAAAGACCUGCAUCUGUCAACAUCUCUGGGUGAACUCAAUAAAAAGGCUGAAAUUAAGCCGGACAAGACGAGCACCAGAAGCUAUGUUCAGAGUGCCUGCAAAAUCUUCAAGGCGGCAGAGGAGUGUCGUCUGGACGGGGAUGAGGAGAAAGCUUAUGUGCUGUACAUGAAGUACCUCACAGUAUAUGACAUCAUCAAGAAAAGACCAGACUUCAAGCAGCAACCGGAGUAUUACAUGACCAUGCUUGGGCCAAACAGCUUCAAGAAGGCCAUUGAAGAAGCCGAGAAGCUCUCUGAAAGCCUUAAACUCAGGUAUGAGGAAGUUGAGGUUCGAAAACAACUUGAGGAGAAGGAGAAACAAGAGGAGAAGAAAAGGAAGGAGGAAAUAACAGAGAAAGAUGCCGGUCGAAGUUCUCCAAAAAUGUCAUCAGCAAACAAGAAGGACAGCAAAAAGAUAAAAGGAGAACAGAAUGAACUGAAGAAUGCAACUUCAAAAGUUGCGGUGCCAGCUGGUGGGAUCUCAGCAGAGAAACUUUUCCACAUGAUGAUGGACCAGACGAUUACAGUAAUUGUCAUGGAUGCCCGCAGCCACAGGGACUUUGAGGAGUCUCGCAUUCAGGUCCCGGGCCAGACCUGCAUCAGCGUGCCUGAGGAGGCAGUUAGCCCAGGAAUCAUUGUGACUCAGAUUGAGGCGAAGCUGCCAGAUGUGUCGAAAGAGGAUUGGAAGCGGCGGGGAUUUGUGGAUUAUAUAGUCCUGCUGGACUGGUUCAGUUCUGUCACUGACCUUACACUGGGCACCACCUUGAAGAGCCUCAAAGACGCCCUCUAUAAGUGGGACAGCAUCACCAUUCUGCGUAGUGAGCCGCUGGUGCUAGAGGGAGGCUACGAGAACUGGCUGUUGUUUUACCCCAUGUACACAACCAAUGCUAAAAUCCGCCCCCCUCGACAGAAUAUCAUCAGCUCUGCCCCUCAGUUAAACUUUAGCUACCCAUCCCUAGAGGAACCAAAGCCUCCGACCCCACCUGAACCAGAGCCUGCGGUUACACCCGAGCCUCAGGAACCCUCUGCUUCUGCGCCGGUGAACGGGGUCGCACCAGCAGAACCCCCCACAUCUAAAACUUCCAUGGUUGCUGACAAGCUGCCAGACACUGUAGAUUCCACCGUCACAGGCUCCACAAAUUCUGGGCAAGACGUCAGUAAGAAGGGCCCUGCGGCAGGCGUAUCCAGCCAGUCACCUGCAACAGCCAAGGCCUUCCCACAGUUUGACCGUACCAAGAAACCCUCUGUCUUGGUGUCGGACGAGCCUAAGCCCAGCCAAAACGGGUCAACGAAGGAUUCCAUGCAUAACUGCCCAGUUGUACCCGAUCGCUCAGUCAAACCAUCCCACAUCCCCAACACUUCUCUGUCUAAAGAAGAGGAAAGCCAGAUACACUCUGAGGCAGUGGCAGGGAUAGAGAAGGCAAGGCAAGAGCAUGAGAAACGCAACCAGGAGCGUCGUGUCGAUGGGGAGAGACGAGAGAAUGACCUGAAGGAAAGGCUAGAAAGGGAGCAGAGUGAGAAGAGGAAGGACGAGCAGGAGAACGGGCCUCAGGAGAAAAAGAAACUGGAAAGGCAGAAAGCGGAAGAAGAUGAAGAUAAAGGGAACAGGGUGUGGGGUGAGAAAGAGAGGAGGGGAAAAGAGCAGAACUCUGACCUUCCCUCUAAGAGUCAGUCUCUGGACUUGCCUGCUCCCAACCAUAUUGUUAGUGAAAUUAAGAGGGAGCCCCUGACCCGAGCGAGGAGUGAGGAGAUGGGUAGGAGUGUACCAGGCCUCCCAGAUGGUUGGAUGAAGUUCCUUGACACGGUGACGGGGACCUACCGAUACUACCAUUCCCCAACCAACCGUGUCCACCUGUACCCUCCUGAGGUCACUGUUCCCCAGACCCCGCCCUCCACGCCGCCAACAGUUAAACAGAAAACACCGCGACAAACUGAGCCUGACACCAACUGUGAACAAGAGCGGGAACAGUCUAAACUGAAACGCUCCUACUCCUCCCCUGACAUCAGCCAGGACCUGAGAGAGGAGGCCCAGAAGAAGGCCACCGCCCCGACCACUGCCGCUGUCAUACCCACCAUCAACCGAGAGACCAAACCUCCCACUAAAGUCUAUUCUAAAGUGGAGAUUGUGCGGCCGUCAGCUGCCAAAAUUCGCAACCUGAACCCUUCAUUUGGAGGUCUGGGUCCAUCACUGACCGGCCUCCGUAACAUGGGCAACACGUGCUACAUGAACUCCAUUUUGCAAUGCCUGUGUAACACUCCUCCCAUGGCUGAGUACUUCAACAACAAUUACUACAUGGAGGACAUCAACAGGUACAACAUCCUUGGCCAUAAAGGGGAGGUGGCGGAGGAGUUUGGUGUGAUCAUGAAGGCCCUGUGGGCUGGUCUGUACAAGUGCAUCAGUCCACGGGACUUCAAGAUCACCAUAGGCAAGAUCAAUGACCAGUUUGCUGGCUAUGACCAGCAAGACUCCCAGGAGCUGCUGCUGUUCCUCAUGGAUGGGCUCCAUGAGGACCUCAACAAGGCGGACAACAGGAAGCGGUACAAAGAGGAGGAAAACGACCAUCUGGAUGAUCAGACAGCAGCCGACCUGGCCUGGAGCAAACACAAGUUGCUGAACGAGUCCAUCAUUGUGGCACUGUUCCAGGGGCAGUUCAAGUCCACGGUGCAGUGUCUGACCUGCCACCGCAAGUCACGGACAUUUGAAACCUUCAUGUACCUGUCGCUGCCUCUGGCCUCCACCAGCAAGUGCUCCCUGCAGGAUUGUCUGAGGCUGUUUUCCAAGGAAGAGAAGCUGACCGACAACAACAAGGUGUUCUGCAGACACUGCAAAGCCCACAGAGAUUCCACGAAGAAACUGGAGAUCUGGAAGGUCCCGCCCAUCGUCCUGGUACACUUAAAACGAUUCUCCUACGAGGGAAGAUGGAAGCAGAAGCUGCAGACGUCUGUAGACUUCCCUCUAGAAACUCUGGACCUGCUCCAGUACGUCAUUGGACCCAAACAGAACCUGAAGAGAUACAGCCUUUAUGGGGUUUCUAACCACUACGGGGGCUUAGAUGGCGGCCAUUACACAGCCUACUGUAAGAACGCACCCAAACAGCGCUGGUACAAGUUUGAUGACCACGAGGUGACCGAAAUAUCCACCUCCUCCGUCAAGUCCUCAGCUGCCUACAUUCUGUUUUACUCCACCCUGUGAUGGAGCCGUAGGACACGAAGAGAGAAAACUACAACAGAGCAGCGACGCUCAAGCCUAGAGGUUGUUUUUUUCUUUUUAAAAUCACAGCUCUGAGGACCUGCCUGGUAAACUAGUCGUGUACGUGCACGCGAGGAUGCACUCGAGCGAGUGGCGAUGAGAAGAUCGCAGAUCGGACGAAGAUGCAGGCACAUUGUGCAAUGCUUCAGCUACUAGAGGACCCUAUACCUGUUAAAACAUGCCGUCUGUCAAGUACAUUACUGAUCAUCUAGUAACUAAACGGAUGCUCCUUUUACUCUGACUUCUUGUUGUAGGGCUGACGGCUGAUUCAGAUGCUCUUCACUCUCAUUUCCGUUGCGCUCAGUGUGGAUGGACGCAUCGCAGAACUGAUCAGCUUUCUUGUACUGGGUCUACACCAGAGUUAACAGUUAGAUGACAUGUACAUACUAACCAAUGCUGAUGUUGCACAUUCAAAAAUGUAAAUAGGAGGGAAAGGUGUUAAUCUGUUAAGUGACCAAAUUAUAAAACAAUUUUUAAAAGUAGCAGCCAUCGUAGUAUCAUCAUAUUCAUUAAGACAAAUGUGUGUUUUAGGGCUUUAAAGGAACAGUGCACCCUGUUUUCCUCUUACCUUUUUUAAUGCUAUUUAUCAAUCUAGAUUAUUUUGGUGUGAGUUGCCAAGUUUUUGAGAAAUCGGCCAUAUAGAUGCCUUCUUGUGAAUAUGUUUAAACUAGAUGACACUCGGCUUGUGGUGCUCAAAGCGCAAAAAAAUAAAUCUGAUAAAUAAAUCUAUUGUGAGAAGUUUUAUGUACAAACUGUUUUCUUUCUGCCGAACUACACUCGUCCAUGAGUAAAUGAACGCUUCCUUCUGCGCUGUGAUACGGCAGAAAGAAAAUAUUUCUUAGAUUAAACCGCCCACAAGAAGGUCUGUGGAUUAUCAGGAAUAAUUGAUCCAUGAUUUCUGGGAAGAGACAUUGCUGUUCAGUUUUUCAAAUUAUUGUUUUUGCGCUUUGUGCACCACAAGUCGAGUGCCAUUAUAUUCGAGAGAAGGCAGACAUUUCUACGGCAGAUAUCUAAAACACAACUCGCACCAAAACAAUCCAGAUUGAUAGACAGCACUACAGGUACGAGGAAAAAUGUGUCUCUGUCCCUUUAACUCUAUAGCCUUCUGAUGUUUAACAGGAUCUUAAAUGGGAUGUUAGAGACUGUGAGUGUUGACUUUUGCAUUCUUCCUAAAGAGAGGAUGGAAUUGAGAUUGUUGCUUGUUCAUAUUAGCCACGUUGUCGCACUUACACAAUAUGCAAUCAGUUUAAGUUGUUUAUGUGGAACACAUUUAACAGCAGACAUUAAUACUCGACUCUGCUUUAAAACGAUGCUGAGAGCUUGACUGUCUUAAAAAAACGACAUGCUUUUUUUUAAUGAAUUUGUUCUCUAUUAAACAUACAUUACUCUUUACAUUAUUAUAUUCAAACACCACUACUAUUUAGAGGGACAUUUCUGGGAUAACUUGGCAUCCUUCUCAGCUUAUACCAGUGCUGCUGGUUUCUAGGAGGCUCAUUUAAUUUGUUGUGUUCAGUACUGACCCGGGAGAAUAUGAAGUCAUGAGAAACUGACCGCGUCAACAUUUACUGCCUGACCGACCGACUCACUGACUGACGAGAGCAAGCACAACGUAUACCGAUGUUUCUUCUGAAUGGACCAGAGAUCUGAGGCCGCAGGGUUCGACUUCCUGCGUAAAGUUUUAUUGCCUGGCAUGAGAUCAUAAUCUGUUUUUCUUUUUACUUGUACAUGUUGAUUUUAUUACCUAAUACUCUAAAAUACAAUUUGUUUCAGAUAUAACAAUUAUAUUAACCUCAAACUCAUUAUGAAUAUUUAUUAAAACUGCUUCAAAUGAG